AGAGAUAUUAAAACCAAGUCGGCAAACAGGUUGGAGAAUUUAGUGAGUGUUGAGUUGCCACGUUGAGCCGAAGGAGCUGUCAUCUGUUUACCUUGCAACACCAGCACCACCAGCAACACCCGCGCCUCCCCUGCACUCAACACCGCCGCAGCCAUGGUUUCCGUGAUCAGCAAUGUGGAGACGGGCCACGAUGAUAUGAUCCACGAUGCCCAGAUGGACUUUUUUGGCACCCGUCUUGCCACCUGCUCCUCAGACCGCUCCGUCAAGAUCUUUGAGGUGAAGGGGUCCACACACACCCUAGUGGCCAACCUCAGAGAACACGAGGGACCGGUGUGGCAGGUGGCGUGGGCGCACCCAAUGUUCGGCAACAUCCUGGCGUCCUGCAGCUACGACCGCAAAGUGAUCAUUUGGCAGGAGGACGGACACAAGUGGAAGAAGAUACAUGAACACGCCAACCACGACUCAUCAGUGAACAGCGUGUGUUGGGCGCCACAUGAGCACGGCCUGGUGUUGGCGUGUGCCUCGGCGGAUGGCUCAGUGUCCAUCCUCACCUCCACUGCUCACACCUGGGAGUUUAAGAAGAUCACCAACGCUCAUUCGAUUGGCUGUAACUCCGUCAGCUGGGCGCCUGCUGUGGCCUCAGGGUCAGCGGACGGCUCAGGGCGGACGGGGGCAAUACCAGUCCAGCGCAUUGUGACAGGCGGGUGCGACACUUAUGUAAAAAUCUGGCGUCUGGAUGGCACGAGUGGAGACUGGGUGGAGGAGAACAAGAUGGAGGGACAUUCUGAUUGGGUGAGAGAUGUGGCCUGGGCUCCCUCCAUCGGCCUGCCUCGCUCCAUCAUUGCCUCAUGCUCUCAGGACCGGCGCGUGAUCAUCUGGGUGAACGACGGGGUGACCGGUGUGUGGCAACCCCGAGAAUUGAACACCUUCGAUGACGUCAUUUGGCAUGUCAGCUGGUCCGUCACUGGCAACAUUCUGGCUGUGUCCGGCGGGGAUAACAAGGUGAGCUUGUGGAAGGAGAACCUGGAUGGGCAGUGGGUGUGUCUGAGUGACUCCGCCAAGAGCCAGCCAACCUCCGAACAGCGCACCUUAUAAAGAGACAAGUGUAGAGGAACACUGUACAACCUCACUAUUAAUGCCCUCAGCAUCAUGACACACUUCCAUAUGCAUUCUGGCGACCAUUUGGCAAUUUUACACACCUUCAGAAACAUAGGUGGAGAUUAGAAUAGUGAAGACUGUGGGCCAUUAAUCUCCUGACCUCCUGACCCUUCCUAAUGUCAGUAAAAUGGUCUAAUACCCCAGAAAAUCAAGGUUAAUAAAUGCAUCCCAGUACUGAAGGAGGUACAAGAAGGGAAUCAAUACAGAGGGGCGAGUUUUAUGUAGUAGUUGUGAGCUGAGUGAAGGUUGGCAAGGAAGGUGUGGGAAUUGUAACUAUGAUGUGGAAAUGUAAGGCAGAAUUUUGUGUUUAAUUAAAGGUUCUUGUUGUUAAUUAUGGAUGAGGGGAAUGAUAUAUGGUGUGUGUGUGUGUGUGUGUGUGUGUGUGUGUGUGUGUGUAUUUUUCGUAUAAUAAAGUAUAGCAACAUUA